AUGAGCUUGUUUCAAUGCUGUAUGAUGGACUCUGAACGGGCCGUUUCUCCGGAAGAAACUCCUUACGGAAAGAAAGAAGAAAACGGUCAAAAUCAGAAUACCCAAUCACACAAGAUGGGGGACGAGGAAGAAGUUAUGCAAAAGGUUGAAGUCAAACCAGAUGAGUUCAAUGGACUUAUUGGUAACAUCGCCGGAAAUCUAAUCCGAGAUAAAGUCGGAGGUCCCGGUGGAGACAUUCUGGCUGGACUAGCUGGAAAUAUCUUCAACAACGGCGGUGGAGGUGGUGGACACCAAGGUGGCGGAGAUGGCUUCAACUAUCAAGGAGGAGGGGGGAAUAAUCCAUCGGAGCCUCGGAGAAAGAGAGAUCAAGCAAUGGAUUUGAUCGGCGGUUUAAUUUCAAGUGGAGCAGCCAGCAACCUUAUUGGAAAUAUCAUGAACCGUUCCGGAAAGAAUGAUCCAGCCAAUGGCAACCAAGGACAUGGAGGUUAUAAUGAUAAUCGUAACAAAUCAGGAGGAAAUGAUUUCGGCAACAUCCUCGGGGGCCUUAUCGGUAACCGCGGAGGCGGAGGCGGAGGAGGCUCUUCUGGUGGUGGAGGAGGCGGCGGCGGCGGAGGCGGCGGCGGCUUCAACUUCAAUGAUAUUGGAGGAAUUAUCAAUUCUCUCGGCGGAGGAGGAGGUAGCGGAGGCUCAGGUGGAAACUUUGGUUCCAUUCUUGGUGGCAUCGGAAGCCUCAUCGGUGGUGGCGGAGGUGGCCAAUUCGGUGGGGGAGGAGCUAACAUUAAUCCAAACCGUUUGAAUGGUGGAAUGGCCAACAUGAUUGGAAAUUUGAUCGGAGAAGCGGCUCAUCGUUUCCUUGGAGUUGAUCCAAACACAGGAAAAAUUAUUGGUGCCGUUGCUGGUAAUGUUAUCAUGGGCUUGGGAGGUAAAGACAACUCUCUUGGAAAUAUUGGAAAAGUUGUCUUGGAUAACAUCAUUUCUGGAAAGUUCAGACGUGAUGUUGAUCCAUUUGUUCGUCCAGAACCAUCACGAGGAGGAUCAGGACCAAGUCCUCUCUCUCCUGGAAAGGCAUACGAGCCAAUCGACUUCUACGAUGAAAGAGACAGAUGCCUAUCGGAGAAGAGACUUUUCGAAGAUCCUCAUUUCCCAGCUGGAGACUCUUCUUUAUAUUUCUCAAAGAGACCAUCAAAACGUAUUGAAUGGCUCAGACCUGGUGAAAUUGUCCAAGAACCUCAACUGAUUUGUGAGGGACAAUCACGUUUCGAUGUUAUUCAAGGAGAACUUGGAGAUUGCUGGCUUCUUGCCGCCGCUGCCAAUCUUACUUUGAAAGAUGAAUUGUUCUACCGUGUUGUUCCUCCAGAUCAAUCUUUCACUGAAAACUAUGCUGGUAUUUUCCAUUUCCAAUUCUGGCAAUAUGGAAAAUGGGUUGACGUUGUUAUUGACGAUCGUCUACCAACAAGCAAUGGUGAACUCAUCUAUAUGCAUUCUGCUUCAAAUCAAGAAUUCUGGAGUGCUCUACUUGAGAAAGCUUACGCCAAGUUACAUGGCUCGUAUGAAGCAUUGAAGGGUGGAACCACCUCUGAAGCUUUGGAAGAUAUGACUGGAGGAUUAACCGAGUUCAUUGACUUGAUCAAUCCCCCACGUAAUUUAUUGCAAAUGAUGAUGAGAGGAUUCGAAAUGGGAUCAUUGUUCGGAUGCUCCAUCGAAGCAGAUCCAAACCAAUGGGAAGCUAAACUUCCAAAUGGUCUUGUCAAAGGACAUGCUUAUUCAAUCACUGGAAUGAGAAUGGUUGAUGGACCAAAUGGACAAACAUGUAUCUUACGUAUUCGUAACCCAUGGGGUAAUGAACAGGAAUGGAAUGGACCCUGGUCUGAUAAUUCCCGUGAAUGGAGAUCUAUUGAUGACAACGUAAAGAGUCAAAUGGGACUCAAGUUUGAUCAUGAUGGAGAAUUCUGGAUGAGCUUCGAAGAUUUUGUUCGCAACUUCCAAAAAAUGGAAAUUUGUAACUUAGGUCCUGAUGUUAUGGAUGAAGUUUAUCAGAUGACAGGAGUUCGCUCAGCUGGUCAAGUUUGGGCUACCAAUACCCAUGAUGGAGCCUGGGUUUCCAAUCAAACUGCUGGUGGUUGCCGUAAUUAUAUUAAUACAUUCGCCAACAAUCCACAGUUCCGAAUUCAAUUGACAGACUCAGAUCCAGAUGAUGAUGACGAUUUGUGCACUGUCAUCUUUGCCGUCAUGCAGAAGUUCAGACGUAACUUGAAGGCUGAAGGAUUGGACAACGUGCCAAUUGGAUUUGCAGUCUACGAUAUCAAUGCGGGAGGUAAUAGAGGAAGAUUAUCAAAACAAUUCUUCCAAGGUAACAAAUCUGCUAUGAGAAGUUCAGCUUUCAUCAAUCUCAGAGAGAUGACCGGAAGAUUCCGUGUUCCACCGGGUAACUACGUGAUUGUGCCAUCAACAUUCGAACCCAACGAGGAAGCUGAUUUCAUGCUUCGUGUCUAUACAAAUGGUUUCAUUGAAUCAGAAGAACUGUAA